GGUGGAUUGGCAUCUGGGAAGUGUUUUUUCCUCGCUUCCACCUUAUAUAUACAGAAUAAUACCAACACGAACCAGCCUGACGUGAUAGUUGUGAAGCACCGCACAAAUGCUGAAUACUAUUAUUACUUUGGAAUCUUGCUCAGGUGUCUUAAUUGCUGUCUGGAUCCUGAAUUGUGCCAUAGAGGGACUCCAUGAAAGAUGACAGAAGAAGUUAUUGUUAUAGCAAAGUGGGAUUACACUGCACAACAGGACCAAGAACUUGACAUCAAGAAGAAUGAGCGUCUCUGGCUGCUAGAUGAUUCUAAAACAUGGUGGAGGGUAAGAAAUGCAGCCAACAAAACAGGAUACGUGCCAUCAAAUUACGUUGAGAGAAAGAACAGCUUGAAGAAAGGAUCCUUGGUUAAGAAUCUGAAAGACACUUUGGGUUUGGGUAAAACAAAGAGAAAGACAAGUGCCAGAGAUGCUUCACCAACUCCUAGUACUGAUGCAGAAUAUCCAUCCAAUGGUAGCAGUGCUGAUCGGAUUUAUGACCUCAACAUCCCAGCAUAUGUCAAAUUUGCCUACGUGGCAGAGAGGGAGGAUGAACUGUCUCUGGUGAAAGGAUCUCGAGUCAUUGUUAUGGAAAAAUGCAGCGAUGGCUGGUGGAGAGGGAGCUACAAUGGACAAAUUGGCUGGUUUCCUUCAAACUAUGUUGUAGAAGAAGUUGAGGAGGCAACUGCUGAUUCACCAAGUUUCCUAAGUUUGAGGAAGGGAGCAUCUAUGAGUAACGGUCAGGCCAUGAAAGUACUUCACAUUGUUCAGACGCUAUAUCCAUUCAGUUCUGCUACAGAAGAAGAGCUCAACUUCGAAAAGGGUGAAACCAUGGAAGUCAUAGAGAAACCUGAAAAUGACCCAGAAUGGUGGAAAUGUAAAAAUUCCCGAGGGCAAAUUGGUCUUGUUCCUAAAAACUAUGUAGUAAUCUUAAGUGAUGGUCCUGCCAUUAACGCUUCCCAUCCACCUCAGAUAAGCUACACGGGGCCCUCUUCUACAGGACGGUUUGCAGGAAGAGAAUGGUAUUAUGGGAAUGUUACUCGGCAUCAGGCAGAAUGUGCGCUAAAUGAAAGGGGAGUGGAAGGGGACUUCCUCGUCAGAGACAGUGAGUCUUCGCCCAGCGACUUUUCAGUAUCUCUAAAGGCAUCAGGGAAGAACAAACAUUUCAAGGUGCAGCUGGUGGACAAUGUCUAUUGCAUUGGGCAGCGUCGGUUUAAUACUAUGGAUGAGUUGGUGGAACACUACAAAAAGGCUCCUAUCUUCACCAGUGAACAUGGGGAAAAGUUAUACCUAAUCAAAGCACUUCAGUGACAUUGAAGAUGGACUAGGCCUGCAGGGGCCUCUUAUAACUUACAAGCCUUAGGUCCGAAAUUCAGUUUUAUAGAGCAGAGCAGCUGACACCAGUCUGGGAUAGUCGUCAGAGAGCGGCUUCUUUCUUAAAGAAUUUGCUCUGUUGAUUAUAUUCUUUUUCUCUUUGCCCCUUGCUUUUUUGUUUGCUUCAGUUGUCUUUUUAAAAAACUGAGUUGUUUCACCUCCCCUCAGGUUGAAUAUUUCACUUAUGUGGCCAUUGCAAGCACUCUUUUUUUUCUUCUUCUUCUCCCGGGUUCUGAACUCCUCUCUUCUGUGUACGUUUACAUAGUUAGUUCACAUAAACGAGGGGUGUCUUCAAUUUAAAACAGUGUUAAAUUGUUCCAAAAGCUCACGCUAGCAGAACGCUAGCAGAACUCAUCAUUAAGAGACUGGGCACAGUUUGAAUGCACUGAACCUGCAGCUAACUAAAUGAAAUAUAGUAGACAUAACCGUUGUGGCUGUGAGUUCUGUAGCUAUUUUGCUUACCAAGUAGUUUAUUCCAGAAAUUCCUAGUUUCUAGAAGCACUCUUUACACUCUCUACUCAACUAUUACAUUGCCUCUUUGACUCUUUGUGAAGAGUACACUAACUAAAUUUUUUUUGUAAUAGUAAUUCUUAAACUGCUACGGUAAGAUUGUAGUAAAAGAAUCUAUCUAGCGUACUUUGACAUGUAAUUGCAACAGAGAUGUUUCAUUGAAAGUUGAUUACUUAGAGAAUCAUUGAAUUGUAAUGGUUGAAUGUUUUGGUAAUCUACAACCAAAUGUGCCAUCCACAUAAUGCUUUCUCUUCUUGCCCUUCUGCUUGUUUGAAUUAAACAAUUAUGUAUUUAAUUCUUAAAGUAAUAUGUAUCUGUAGCUGAUUGACACUAAUACAGAAGUUUAAUAGACAUAACUAAUGAUGGGUGGGUGGGGCUUCCAACACAUACAUGCAUACAUACAUAUGAUAUAUAUCUAUAUAUAUUUGCAUUAUGGAAAACAAAUCAGGGUUUAGAAAUGGUGGUGCGAUUGCUAGUAAGACACACAGAAUGUUAUAUGAAGAAACUGCAUUUUCUUUUUUCUUUUCUUUUAACUUCUUAUGGUUUUAAAUAUAGUCUUGAUGGCACAUUCCUGAAAUUUGGUAGGG